AUGACAGCCCAACAACCCACCAAGUCGGAGAUCCAAAGCCUGGUCAGUCUGAUACAGAGCAAUACGCUUCUCAACCGUCAGCUUCAAUCAAUCUGCCAAAUCAACGGUUUGAAGGGUUCCGGCGUAAAAGCCGACCUUCAGCGCCGUAUCGUGGAACUAAUCUACCAAUGCGAACGCGAUCGUUCCCGGUUUCAGCAAAUCAAGAGCAGCAUUGACAGCAUAAAAUCUGGUAAUCAGUACUAUCCGAAUGCUCACUCGUCUGCGCCUUCAGUCUACGGCAACACGCCAGCGGCAUCUCGCGCCAUGCCCACGUAUUCGCAGUCACCCACGACCUAUCCGGCCGGAGGCUACCCUGCUUCCGGCCAUUCAAACAGCUACAGGCCCAACUCCGGGUUCUCGCACCAUGCCAGUCGUACGGGCCAGUCUCCCUCACCCUGGCUUCAACAUGUCCUAACCGUACCAGGACCAGGAGUUACUUUCAAGCCGAGUCCGUUCUAUGAACCCAAGGCACUUGUGGCCGACGUUAGGGUAUGCGAGGCCAUGGCACAUCACCGCAAUACGGUCUCCAUCUCGUUAAAGGCCCAUGAGCUCGGCAAUCACCUGUCCGACCCGUCAAUCAGGAUAUUUGUGUUUUGCUCCACGGCAGAUACCGGCGUCCAGGACAUUGCUUUCCCCUACCAGUCGGAUCUCAAGGUUAACGGGGGCGAAGUUAAGGCGAACCUCCGAGGCCUAAAGAACAAGCCCGGUUCCACCAGGCCCGUUGACAUCACUGACCAAUUGCGACUCAGGCCUGCGGCCUAUAUCAACAAUGUCGAGUUCACUUAUGCAUUGACCGACAAGGGACGUGUCCCAUCCAAAUACAAGGAGACACAAAGGUAUUACGUUUCCAUCUAUGCAUGCAAGUCGCACAAGGCCCCUGCGCUCGUCGAGAAGAUCCGGGCUGGCAAGAGAAUCCCCCGGGCUUCUGUGGUUGCGGAGAAGCAAGGCCCGCAAUGGAUAUGUCCCAUCUGCAACAAGCCCGCUCCCUUUGAUAGCCUUGCAGUCGACGAGUACGCCCGCGAGAUUCUAGCCAAGACGUCGCAGUCGAUUGAGCAGGUGACAAUAGAUCCCAGCGGAGAAUGGCGAAUACCGGGCUCUGAGUCGGUGGAUUUGAGGGACGAGGCCGCGAAUGGAGUUGGUAAUGAGACCAACUACAUUGUCGAUGAUGAAGUGAUAUUAUCCGACAUCAGCGUUUUCAGCGGCCGCAGGACAGCCACCCCGAGUCGGUCAUUACAAUUACCCAGCACUCCCAAUACCGGAGUUUCGAGAGAGGGGUCAACUAUGCCCCGUUCGGUUGCCUCGGCGGGAACUAAGCGCUCGGCAGCAGUCAUUGAUCUGACACUGUCGGACGACGAUGAGCCUUCUGGCCCCCCGCCGACAAAAAAGCAGAACGUCAAUGGCUUUUACUAG